GAUGAUGUGAUUGCCAUCCACCCAAAUGUUUAUGCACACUAUGGUGUGGAACAUAGCCAGGGCCAGGAUGAUGCAGACUGGGUGGACAUUGGAGAGGAUGGUAAUGAAGUCCCUGGCCUACCCUCCAGGAUUGCUGCAGAACAAUCUUCCCAAUUCCUGCAUGAGGCUGCACCAGUACCUGCAUACACCAAUCCUUUUACAGCUGUUGCAUUAACAGCUAUCAUUGGGGCUUUGGAUCAAGUUCAACAACUGCACCAUAUACCUACUUGGUUGGGUGUUAGAGAAGAGGAAUGGGACCAUAAUGGAUAUCCAGAACUUGAAAUUAUUUGGUCAGGUUGUUGGGGAAAGAAGGAGAUUGCAACUGAACUACCACAUUCUCUCUGGUAU